CCUGCUUUUUUUUUUUUUUUUGAUCCCGCUCCUCCUCCCGGGAUCGCUCCCGGCCAUGGAAGGCUCGGGACCCCCGGGGGGGGCGCGGGGGUCGCCGCCCCCCUGAAGGAACGGCGGGAAAGCUUCCCGUUUUCCCCGACGAUGGAAAAGCUCCUGCUCCCUCUCCUCUUCUUCUUCACCUCGAGCGCCUCGAACGCGCCGCCCUGCCCCAAGCGCUGCUCGUGCCAGAACCUCUCGCCGUCCUUCACCAUCCUGUGCACCAAGACCGGGCUCCUCUUCGUGCCGCCCGGCAUCGACCGGCGCACGGCCGAGCUGCGCCUCAUGGACAACUUCAUCACCGUGCUGCGCCGGCGCGACUUCGCCAACAUGACGCAGCUCAUCCACCUGACGCUGUCGCGCAACACCAUCAGCCAGAUCAUGCCUUACGCCUUCUCCGACCUCAGGGGCCUCCACGCGCUCCACCUGGACAGCAACCGCCUGACGUCCAUCGGCGAGGACCACUUCAAGGGGCUGGUCAACCUGCGGCACCUGAUCCUGAGCAACAACCAGCUCAGCUUCAUCUCGCCCCGGUCGCUGGACGAUUUCUUGGAGACCAUCGAGGAUUUGGACUUGUCCUACAAUAACCUGGUGGACGUCCCUUGGGCCACCGUGGCCAAGCUCUCCAACGUCAACACGGUGAGUUUGGAUCACAACCUCAUCGAGUUCGUGCCCGAGGGGAUCUUCUCCAACCUCCACAAGCUGGCCAGGUUGGACAUGACCUCCAACAAGCUCAAGAAGAUCCCGCCGGACCCGCUGUUCUCCCGCAUCCCCGUCUACGCCAAAUCCAAAGGCUCCCCGCUGACCUCCUUGGUGCUGAGCUUCGGCGGCAACCCCCUGCACUGCAACUGCGAGCUGGUGUGGCUGCGGCGCCUGACGCGCGAGGACGACCUGGAGACGUGCGCCUCGCCGCCGGAGCUGAUGGGCAAAUACUUCUGGAGCAUCCGCGAGGAGGAGUUCGUCUGCGAGCCGCCCAUGAUCACCCACCGGACGCCCAAGCUGGUGACGGCCGUCGGCCAGAGCGCCUCGCUCAAGUGCAAAGCCGUGGGCGACCCCGACCCCUACGUGCGCUGGAUCGCCCCCGACGGCAAACUGGUGGCCAACACGUCCAGGACGGUUUCGUACGAGAACGGGACGUUGGAUAUUUUGGAGGCGGCCGCGGGGGACCAAGGGACCUUCACGUGCAUCGCCUCCAACGCCGCCGGCGAGUCGACGGCGCCGGUGGAGUUCCGCGUGGUGCCGGACGGCAACGGCACCGAGUGCGAGGAAGAGGAGGGGAAGAAGGCGGGCACGGCCGGGCCGGAGCCGUCGGAUAUCCUGAUUUCGGCCAAAUCCAGCCUGGGCAACGACUCCAAGCUGGAGAGGGGGGACAGAGGGGGGGUGGUGGUGGCCGAGGUGACGGCGACGUCGGCGCUGGUGCGGUGGCCGCCGCAGGAGGAGCUGGAAGGGCUGAGGAUGUACCAGAUCCAGUACAACAGCUCGGCCGACGAGAUCCUGGUUUAUCGGAUGAUCCCGGCGCCCAGCGCGUCGUUCUCGCUGUCGGACCUGGCCCCGGGCCGGGCGUACGAGCUGUGCGUGCUGGCCGUGUUCUCGGACGCGCGGAGCUCGCUGCCGGCCACGCGCCCGCUGGGCUGCUCGCGCUUCUCCACGCGGCCGCCGGCGCGGCCGUGCCGCUCGCUGCAGGCGCACUUCCUGGGCGGCACCAUGAUCAUCGUCAUCGGCGGCAUCAUCGUGGCCUCGGUGCUGGUGUUCAUCUUCAUCCUCCUGAUGAAGUACAAGAUCCACAACCACCGGCCCAAGGGCAAGGCCCACGUCUGCUCGCAGACCAACGGCUCCCACGGCGCCCACGGCGGCCGCCCCGCCGCCAAGCCGGAAGCUUCCGGAGCCGCCGGCAAGGCCGGCCCCGGCGACUGGGACGGCGACAAGGGGGAAGGGGCCGAGCUGGGGUCCUGA